AUGGAGGAGAAGCUCAAGCUCAGUCGCGAGAGCGAGGAGGAGGAGGUCGACGUCACACACUACCGGCGACUGGUGGGGAGCCUCCGGUACCUGGUGCACACCCGGCCGGACCUGGCGUUCGCAGUCGAGUACGUGAGCCGGUUCAUGGAGUGGUCUACGGCGGAGCACUUGUACGCUGUCCAGCACAUCCUCCGCUACGUGGCUGGUACGCUGGACUACGGUCUGGUCUACAAGCGCAUCCUCGGUGCGGCGAGCUUCAUCGGCUACUGCGACAGCGACCUCGCCGGCGAUGUCGGCACCAGCAAGAGCACCAACGGGACCAUGUUCUUCCUCGGCGGAUGCUUGGUCUGCUGGAAAUCCAUCAAGAAGAAGGUGGUGGCGCUUUCGAGCUGCGAGGCAGAGUACAUCGCCGCCGCUUCUGCAGUAACUCAAGCAUUGUGGCUGUCUAGGCUGCUCGGGGAGCUGCUGGGCAGCAAGGUGGAUGUGGUGGAGCUCAAGGUGGACAGCAAGUCUGCCCUUGCGCUGGCCAAGAACCCCGUCUUCCACGGCAGGAGCAAGCACAUCAGGAUCAAGUAUCACUUCAUCAGGGAUUGCUUGGAGGAUGGGAGCAUCAAGGCUGAUCACAUCCCCACUACUGAUCAGCUGGCCGACAUCCUCACCAAGUCACUAGGGAGGAGCAGGUUCCUGGAGAUGAGGAAGAGGAUUGGGCUAGAGCAGAUCACUCAGCACUAG